UCGGCGCAGUUUCCGGAGGGACGGGCCGAGCGCGCGGGGGCGGAGCCGAGUGCGCGGAGCGGGGCUCCAGCGCCGCAGGUCCGGGCUGCAGUAGGUCCCGGCAACCGCAGGCUUGCGGCCGGCGCUGGGCGCGGGAUCCGACUCUAGUCGUGAUGGAAGCGGGCGGCUUUCUGGACUCGCUCAUUUACGGAGCAUGCGUGGUCUUCACCCUUGGCAUGUUCUCCGCCGGCCUCUCGGACCUCAGGCACAUGCGAAUGACCCGGAGUGUGGACAACGUCCAGUUCCUGCCCUUUCUCACCACGGAAGUCAAGUGAGGGGGCGACGGCUGCGCAACCUGGGCUGGCUGAGUUAUGGGGCUUUGAAGGGAGACAGGAUCCUCAUCGUCGUCAACACAGUGGGUGCUGCGCUUCAGACCCUGUAUAUCUUGGCAUAUCUGCAUUACUGCCCUCGGAAGCGUGUUGUGCUCCUACAGACUGCAACCCUGCUAGGGGUCCUUCUCCUGGGUUAUAGCUACUUUUGGCUCCUGGUACCCAACCUUGAGGCCCGGCUUCAGCAGUUGGGCCUCUUCUGCAGUGUCUUCACCAUCAGCAUGUACCUCUCACCACUGGCUGACUUGGCUAAGGUCAUUCAAACUAAAUCAACCCAAUGUCUCUCCUACCCACUCACCAUUGCUACCCUUCUCACCUCUGCCUCCUGGUGCCUCUAUGGGUUUCGACUCAGAGAUCCCUAUAUCAUGGUGUCCAACUUUCCAGGAAUCGUCACCAGCUUUAUCCGUUUCUGGCUUUUCUGGAAGUACCCCCAGGAGCAAGACAGGAACUAUUGGCUCCUGCAAACCUGAGGCUGCUCACCUGACCACUAGGCACCUUAGUGCCAACCUGAACCAAAGAGACCUCCUUGUUUUCAGCUGGGCCUGCCGUCCAGCUUCCCAGGUGCAGUGGGUUGUGGGAACAGGAGAUGACUUUGAGGAUAAAGGGACCAAAGAAAGAGCUUUACUUAGAUGAUUGGUUGGGGCCUAGGAGAUGAAAUCACUUUUUAUUUUUCAGAGAUUUUUAAUUUUGGAGGUUGGGGUGCUAUCUUUAUGCCUUAAAAGGCCGGGCGUGGUGGCUCACGCCUGUAAUCCCAGCACUUUGGGAGGCCAAGGUGGGCGGAUCACCUGAGGUCAGGAGUUCAAAACCAACCUGACCAACAUGGUGAAACCCCAUCUCUACUAAAAAUACAAAAUUAGCCAGGCAUGGUGGCACAUGCCUGUAAUCCCAGCUACUUGGGAGGCUGAGGCAGGAGAAUUGCUUGAACCCAGGAGGUGGAGGUUGCAGUGAGCUGAGAUCGUGCCAUUGUGAUAUGAAUAUGCCUUAUAUGCCGAUAUGAAUAUGCCUUAAAAUAAAGUGUUCCCCACCCCUGCCCACGA